CCGAGGGACACUUCGCAUGAGGUUCCCUAUCCCUUUUAAGAAGGUGCAUUCCCGGUCAAAAACUAAAGAUGGAGUAGGUAUUGACAACAUUUUUUUUUUGUCGUUUUCUACGCCUUCCCUUUUCGACAUAGGCAACUCAACCAUCGUAUCAAUGAGAUGAGAUCCUUUGUUCUCUGGGCGCGUUUAGUUCAGUUUUUUCACGUUUCCCGGGUUCCCAAGUUUCCCAAUUUCAACCCCUUGAUAACCGCAUGGCGCAUUUUCACUGGUUGUGGCAGUUGGCAGUCAUUUUAGGGAAAUAAAACAAAAUUAGUCCACUCUUGUUUUGUUGACCUGUGUUUUUUCGUCGCGUUAUAAAUAAGUGCUUAUUUGUCUUCGUCAAGUUGCUUCGCGAAGUAAUUCAACUUUUGAGAAAAGAUUUUGCGAUGUCGCUGGAAGCUGCUGAUGAUUCAGAAUACGAAAUGCCACCAGUCGUUCGUGCAGCGAUUGAUGUGAAAAUCGGAAAUAUCAACGUUACAGCAAUAUUGGACGAUACUUGUGUAAUCAACGCUAUACACAAGAAGGUAUUCAAACGAAUUUGUUCACUCAUAGACGAGGCUGUCGAAACGUAUGACAAAGUUGAAAAUAUUGAAUUGGAUUUCACUAUCGAUGGACGCUCCGUCACAGCUGUGUUUCGUAUUUUGGAAAAUCUUUACUGCGAUAUGACUUUGGGAGACGAAUUUUUCCAGACGGUAAAAGCUCAUAUCAACAGGAAACUUAGAUUAUUGAAUUGGUCCUAUCAGGAUGAAUUGGUGAUAACCAACAUGGUCGAAAACGAAGCCAAUUUCAGAGCUUUAUCGGGCGGUAGCGAUGCUUUCAAUGAAGUCCAGUUGUUAGAAAUGGAAGUAGAAACUGGAGAACCAUCAGUCGAAAGCGAUGACAAGAAAAAGAGGAAAAGGAAGGAUAGUGACAGCGAAAGCGAUGCUUAUAAUGACGGUUCAUCGACUUCCUCAGAUUCAGAUGCAACUUCCGUCAGUGGCGAUUUAGAUCUGCCAACAUUGAGUAGCGGUAUCGGUAAAGCAAUGACGAAAGAUGUCAAGAACGAUGAAUUUGCUCAAAUAUUCAUCGCUGAUAAUACUUCGAGUGGAAAAUGCUCUGCGUUCUACGUGAUUUAUUUUUUUGAGAAAAAAAUCGUAUACUUUGCCAAUGAAGUAUUAGAGCCUGAGAAAAAAACCCCAUUGGGAUAUUACAUGGAAGCAUUUCGUAAUGCUUUUUGCGGAGCAGAAAAGCACGGAAUUAAACAUUUACACUUGAUUUCAGAAAACAAGGAAGCGGUCGAAUUGAUGACAGCGCAACUAGAAAACUUCAAGAAAUACGGUCAAGUGCAACCUGAUCAGUUUCCUGACGACGUUAAUCUGUACCGACUAAAAGAUUUUGCCAAUUAUUUCAACGCCUGUUGCGGUAUCACCAGAUUCGAAUCGUUGAAAUUUGAAUUCGUUCCUUCUGACGAUGAAAGGUAUGAGGGUAUGGUUCACGCUCGACAAUUCGUCGAAUGUUUCAGUUUUUUAUAUUAAUUCUGCGUUUUUUUGUGGGUGUACUUGGGUACUUAUUUUAGUUGUAAUUGUAGUGUUUUAGAUACCUAUUAAUUAUUAAUUUUCUAUUUUUCCUACCCUCUUUUUUGUUUUACAGUUGACAAUACGUAAACCUAUAUUCUCUUUCAUAUAGAUUUUUUGUUACUUGCAUUCGUUUUUCAAUAAAUUUCAA